AUGGAGGAGCAGGAGGAGCUCGAUUAUAGCGAAGACCCGUCGGAUUUCUUGGAUGACCCCCUCGACGAGAUACCCAUACCAGCCGUCCCCAUGGACAAGACACCAGCGGUCACCAGGGUUCAGACACCAGCAACUCCAAGUGUCAAGGCUCCGCCAUCAAUUAAGAGCCUGGGAAGAAUCCCGAAAAAACAAACCAUGAGGGAUAUUACAGAAAAAAUGCUGGACAAAAUUGGAGAUCCAAAGGAAACACUUCAAACUGAAGGAAAAAAGAAGCAAGCACGUCAUGACCGGCGACAGAACAUCCGCGCAAGCAACCGAACACAUCCACAGAACCCACUCCCACGUCGCACCCCGCUUCUUCCCACUCCGAUUCGCCCCACUCCAAUCCGCCCCAUUCCUCUGCUCCCUGACCGUCCUCAUCCCAUCCCUCCCAUUCCUCCUUUUCCUUUCCCUCAGGGAAUCCCCAUAAUGAACUCUCCUUGGAACUUCCACGAGCAGACGGCCUAUUUCCUUGCCCAGCAGAUAUAUAGUCAAAAUGCAUCCAACCUCUCCUUUGGAGCUCCGGGACGGAGCUCAGGGGGAGAGGGGGGAUGUGAAAUGCAAGGAUCCUGGGCAAGGAACCGCGGCGGCCCCGCCCGCCAACAAGGAGGGAAGAGAGAGCGUGGCGGUGGAGAGGGUCGCGGGCCAACAUGA